CCUUGGACCCUCCCCUUUAUCGUCGUCCCACCUCGGGACAUGUUGUCGUUUCCUCAUCUUGCCCCAAAGAAAAAUUAAAGGCUCCUCUGGGCCACUGUCUAAAUUUUAUGGAGUUUACGGCCUCUAUGAGCCUAACAAUAUCAAAUUCCUGAAUCAUGGCAGCGGCGACAGCCACCGGCCUGGAUUUGGCGGCACAAGAAGGUGCGCAGCAGCGGCGAUCAACAGCCACCAACCAGAGCGCCGAUGAUGAUGUAACCACCAAUGCCGACGGGGCGGCGGCGGCCCCGUCGUUGAAAGGAACGACAGCAGACACCAACGGCACCAGCAAUGGCAACGGCAACGGCAACGGCAACGUUGACGAAGAUGAGCAGACCAAGGCCCUGCGCAAGGCCUUUACUAGGAAGUACCGCCAUGUCGCGGCCCUGCACUCUCAAGCACGCCCGUCGACUUUAAGUCACGACUCGGAAGCAUCACCCAGCUUCGUUGGCUUCCGUAAUCUCAUGGUUAUUGUCCUCGUGGUGGGAAACCUGCGAUUGAUGAUUGAAAACAUACAGAAAUAUGGUGUUUUGAUCUGCAUUCAUUGCCACGACUACAGGAAGCAAGAUAUCCUAUUGGGCCUUUUACUCUACCUGGCAAUUCCGUGUCACUUGUUCGUCGCCUAUCUGAUAGAGCUUCUGGCUGCCCAACAAGCCAGAAACUCCCGAGGGUACUUCAACCGCGGCCGCACCGGUUCCUCGCGCGACGGGAGCACGAGCCCUACUGAGGAUGAAUCCCGCCGUUUCGUCUCUACUUGGAAGCUGAUUGCCUUGGUCCACGGCAUCAAUGUGAAUUCUGCUCUCCUCAUCACCACUUACACGGUCUACUUCCACAUCCAUCAUCCCCUUAUCGGCACUCUGACCGAGAUGCAUGCCGUAAUUGUCUGGCUCAAAACGGCAUCGUAUGCGUUCACCAACCGCGACCUGCGGCAUGCCUACCUGCAUCCCGUCAAGGGCGAGCUAGAUGCUCUUCCCGAACUAUACAAGCAGUGUCCCUAUCCAAACAACAUCACAAUGAAGAACCUCUGCUACUUUUGGUGGGCUCCCACCCUCAUCUACCAGCCCGUCUACCCACGCAGCGGUCGCAUCCGCUGGGUUUUCUUCUUCAAGCGCGUUGCCGAGGUCUUUUGUCUGAGCGUCUGCAUCUGGUUCUUGAGUGCACAGUACGCCACUCCCGUACUGGUCAACUCCCUGGACAAGAUCGCGUCGCUUGACAUGCCGGCUAUACUAGAGCGUCUUCUUAAGCUGUCCACAAUCUCGCUGGCCAUCUGGCUAGCCGGCUUCUUCGCUCUCUUCCAGUCCUUCCUCAAUGCGCUGGCCGAGAUCACCAGGUUUGGCGACAGAUCGUUCUAUGAAGCUUGGUGGAAUUCGGAGUCACUAGGCGUCUACUGGCGCACAUGGAACAAACCGGUCUACCAAUAUUUCAAACGCCAUGUCUACUCGCCCAUGCUUGGUCGCGGCUGGGCUCCCAGGACGGCGAGUGCCUCUGUGUUCUUGAUCUCGGCAGUCUUGCACGAGAUUCUUGUGGGCGUGCCUACCCACAACAUCAUUGGUGUCGCCUUUAUGGGAAUGUUUCUGCAAGUGCCACUUAUAAUAUUAACGGCUCCGCUUGAGAAGCGAAAGUCACCUACCGGCAAGCUGAUCGGGAACAGCAUCUUCUGGGUGUCGUUCACGAUUUUUGGUCAACCACUUGCGGCUCUUAUGUACUUCUACGCGUGGCAGGCCAAGUAUGGCAGCGUUAGUAAGAUGGGAUACGCUACUAGCAAGGCAGCGCUCACAAACUAGCCAGGAAGUUGUGGCAUGGACGGCUCCUGGUAUAAGACCCAACGCGUGCCAUGUUGUUUUUCUUGUCAAUCAUUUUACGUGGAUAAUGUUUUGAUGGUUUCCCGGGUGACCGUCGACGUCUUCUCUCCGUCGUCAUUGACCAUUGAAAGCCCAGCGUUUGUUGUUCGAUGCAGCUUUGAACUUAUUAACAUAUUGGGGCAUACAGAAAAUAGUACAGGAAACCCGUAACAAUACAGCGUCAUGAAUUUUUUUUUUUUUCUCAAUCUCAAAACGCGGUGCACGCAAUAUCCCCAAG